AUCGAAGAUUACUCAGGAAAGUUGAAGUAGAAGGACCGGUUUAUUCUAAUUUCACAAAAGCUCAAAUUUUUGUUAAUGGCCUUCAUCUGAAAUAUUAUAUUCAUGUGUCUGCUUUGACUCCAGCCAAUCUUCCUGAUGCAUACAGUUUUCAUGUCCCAACUCCAUCCUAUAAUUUAAAUGGUCCGGCUGCUUCUUAUAUUUCAAGUCUACCUUAUGAUAAUUCUUCUUUUUCUGUAAAUCUUCUGACCCCAACUAAUCUAACUGAAGCUGCAAUCUAUAAAUUGACCAAAGUUGUGAAUACUAUAAUGUCUCAA